AUGGAGAUAAGAAACAGCACAGUGAUGACAGAAUUCAUCCUUCUUGGUCUUACCCAGUCUCAAGAUAUUCAACUCCUGGUCUUUGUGUUAGUUUUAGUUUUCUACCUCAUCAUCCUCCCUGGGAAUUUCCUCAUCGUCCUCACUAUCGUAUCAGAUCCUGGUCUCUCAGCCCCCCUCUACUUUUUCCUUGGCAACUUGGCCUUUCUGGAUGCAUCCUACUCCUUCAUUGUAGCUCCCAGAAUGCUGAUGGACUUCUUCUCUAAGAAGAAGAUUAUCUCCUACAGAGGAUGCCUCACUCAGCUCUUCUUUUUGCACUUCCUUGGAAUAGGGGAGAUGUUCCUUCUCGUUUUUAUGGCCUUUGACCGUUAUAUCGCUAUAUGUCGACCUCUACAUUAUUCAACUAUCAUGAAACCUAGAGUUUGUUAUGGAUUAUUGAUGCUUCUCUUUCUUGGGAGCUUUGCUCAUGCCUUUGUACAAGUGGCACUUAUCCUCCACUUGCCCUUCUGUGGCUCAAACCAGCUGGAUAACUUCUUCUGUGAUGCCCCACAGAUAAUCAAGUUGGCCUGCACAGAUACCUUUGUAGUAGAGGUUCUGGUUGUCUCCAACAAUGGCUUGCUCAUCCUGCUGUGUUUCCUGGGGCUUCUGGCCUCCUAUGCUGUCAUCCUCUUUCAUUUAAAAGGACACUCUUCUGAAGGGAAGAACAAAGCUGUGUCAACAUGUACCACUCACAUUAUCAUUGUAUUUCUCAUGUUUGGACCUGCCAUUUUCAUCUAUACUCGCCCCUUCAGAACCUUUUCAGCUGACAAAGUGGUUGCACUCUUCCACACAGUGAUCUUUCCUUUGCUGAACCCUGUAAUUUAUACCCUUCGCAACCAGGAAGUGAAAGCUUCCAUGAGAAGAUUAUUUAAUCGGCAUAUAUCCAGAUGA